AUGGGUCUCACCUCCGCCAUUCUCGUUGUCUGGUCACUUUUCAGCCUCAUUCACCAUACUGAGGCAGCCAAAGAUGGCGUCGUGGGCUUCGGCAUCUCACUGUACCAGGACCUCUGCUGCCAGGCAUGUCACGAUUCGCUCUCCACCCUCUUCCUGAACUGCACGACGUUCAUGUCCAGCGACGACAUGGCCGGUAUGGACAUGGGAAUGAAGAAGAGGGAUAUGGAAUCAGACAUGCCCAUGGGCAUGACCAGCGACGAGUGCUACGCCUCCAACACCCCGUGGCUCCAGACGAUGGCGUACUGCAUCCAGCAGAACUGCAAUGCCGAUGGAUAUCCUGCCGAUAAACAGGCCCAGUGCUUCAGCAACCAGGCGGUUGCUGGGGCGUCGUCGCCAACUUUCCAGGACAGCCUGCCCGCCACGGCUCCUACCGUUGAGCUCGAGGCUGACGCCAUGUGGCUUAAUGUCACCAGCCUCGUGAACCGAGAACUCUACUAUUCCACCCACGGGACUCUUAAAGAGUUCGCCAGGUCUGAAUACCUCCACACGAGAUAUUCGUUGAUCAUCUACCUUGUCGUCAUCGGCAUUUGCCUCGUGUGUGGCACCCUGACCCAGAUCACAACUCUCUCUCCCGGACUCCAGAAACGACUCCAAAACUCCGGUAUCGUGAUGAAACUCCGAUCAGCCGUCUUCAUGCCUGCGCUGUUCGGGUCUCGGCGGUUGGAACCACUCCCAGGGCGGGCAGGCUACCUCCCAGGAAGGACACUCAGCAUCUUCAUCGCCAUCUAUGUCAUCCUCAACAUCGUCUUCUCCGCUGUCAACUUCAAAAGCUUCCAGCCGAACAUCUACUGGUUCUCCAAGGGCUUCGAACUCUGCGAGUAUGUCGGCAACCGGACGGGGACCCUCAGCUUCGUCAACAUGAGCAUCGCCAUAUUGUUUGCCGGCCGGAACAACCCUCUGAUCCCCUUCACCGGGUGGAGCCAGACCACGUUCCUCACGUUGCAUCGCUGGGCUGCGAGGAUCGCCACCCUGCAGGCCAUUGUGCAUUCCAUCGUGUACACGAUGGCGUAUUGGCAGCCGGGGUAUGAGGGGGCGUCAGCGUAUGCGGAGAAAGCGGCGGAACCGUUCUUCUACUGGGGAAUCAUCGCAACAAUAGCGAUGAGCCUGGCAACGGGUUUCGCAUUCCUACCGCUGCGCAUCAUGCUCUACGAGACCUUCCUGAUACUGCACAUAAUCCUCAUCGUCAUCACCCUGGCGGGAUGUUGGUACCACAUCAUCCCCCACUACGGAUACGACUGGGGCUACCAGGUCUGGCUAUACAUCGCCUUCGCCUUCUGGGCCGCCGAGCGAGUCGCGAGGGUAGCCCGAAUUGUCUACCUCAACCGCCUAGGCGAUUCAAAGGCAGUCGUCGAGGCAAUCCCCAACAGCAACAUCAUACAAGUCACCAUCUUCCCGAGGGUCGGUUGGAACUUCGGCCCGGGUCAGCACUGCUUCCUCUACUUCCCCGGGCUGGAGAAGCUCUGGGAGAACCACCCCUUUAGUGUAGCAGGAUGGAGGAGGAAAGGACAGACGCUGCCCGUCGCGUCAGCCCGCCCCAGCAUCAACGGGAGCGACGUCAAGGAGGCCUCCGACGUCAAGACAGUCGCCCACGAGCCCGAGGUCCAGGACUGCGUGGCCGUCCGCUUCCUCGUCCGCGUCCACUCCGGGGCGACGGCCGAGCUCCAGCGGCGUCUCUCGUCCUGCUCGCCGGGUAUCAUGGAGAUGAGCGUCUACACCGAGGGCCCCUACGCGGGCCACACGUCGACACUCCAGCCGCUGCUUGCUACGGACACGGUGCUGUGUCUUGUCGGUGGUAUCGGGAUCACAAAUGCCCUCGGAUUUGUCCAGGAGUACGCAAGCGCAAACCCGCGGACGGGUGAAACCGCAGGAGGGAAGAGCCGGGGGGUCAUGAGGCAGACGAGGCGGUUUAUCCUCGCGUGGUCUGCUCGGGAAAUGGCACUGAUCGACCAUGUCAAGAGGAAUUUCCUCAUCGGUGUUGAGGGGGUUGAGUUCUCUUUCUGGUGUACUGGGGAUGUGCCCACUGGUCAGAAGGAAGUCCCAGCGCAGGACGCGGAAAGCCUGAGGACGACUGCAGAAGCACCACCGACAAUGGGGAGGAUGGAUAUCGGGAGUGUGAUAAGAUCCUCCUUGGAACCUGGGCACCACACGACUGUUCUGGUCUGUGGCCCUGGUGCCAUGGCAGAUGAGGCUGCGAAGGAGGUGGUUAAGUGUGUGAAGAGCGGAUCGCAUGUGGAUAUUGUUGAGGAAGCGUAUGCUUGGUAA